GGUUUCUGGGGGAAAAUCGCCACUUUUAUCAGUCGACGGUUCGCUCGUCUCGUACUAGGUUCUGAAAUAGAAACUAACUUCAAGUUGUCACGUAGUGAUCUGUGAAUGUGCUAUUUUGGUGAACCUUUGAAUCGACGUUUGAAGGAUGGAUAAAGAUUUUCGUUAUUAUUUCCAGCAUCCGUGGUCCCGUUUGAUAGUGGCCUAUCUCGUGAUCUUCUUUAACUUUUUAAUAUUUGCGGAGGAUCCCGUCUCUCACAGUCAAACAGAGGCCAACGUCAUUGUUGUUGGGAACUGUUUUUCUUUUGUAACAAAUAAAUACCCUAGAGAAGGAGGCUGGAGACUCUUGAAGGUGCUUCUAUGGCUACUCGCCAUUCUCAUAGGACUAAUAGCUGGAAAAUUCCUCUUUCAUCAGCGUCUGUUUGGUCAAGUGCUCCGACUCAAAAUGUUCCGUGAGGAUCAUGGGUCUUGGAUGACAAUGUUUUUCAGCACGAUCCUCUUCCUCUUCAUCUUUUCACACAUCUACAAUAUGAUUCUCCUUAUGGAAGGGAACAUGGGGAGCUGCUCUGAAGCAAGACACUCCUGCAGAGCCUACAUCAUUACGGACUACAUGGGCAUCCGCAACGAGAGUUUCAUGAAGGUAGCUGCGGUCGGGACUUGGAUGGGUGACUUUUUCACAGCUUGGAUGGUCACAGACAUGAUGCUUCAGGACAAACCUUAUCCUGACUGGGGAAAAUCUGCUCGAGCUUUCUGGAAAAAAGGAAAUAUUAGGAUCAUUUUAUUCUGGACAGUUCUCUUCACCCUGACAUCAGUAGUUGUCCUUGUCAUCACCACUGACUGGAUCAGCUGGGACAAAUUGAAUCGUGGAUUUCUGCCAAGUGAUGAAGUCUCCCGAGCCUUCUUGGCUUCUUUCAUCUUAGUCUUUGACCUUCUUAUUGUGAUGCAGGAUUGGGAAUUCCCGCACUUCAUGGGUGAUGUUGAUGUCAAUCUUCCUGGAUUACACACUCCUCAUAUGCAGUUCAAGCUGCCUUUCUUCCAAAAGAUCUUCAAGGAGGAAUAUCACAUACACAUAACAGGGAAAUGGUUUAACUAUGGAGUUAUUUUUCUCGUCUUGAUUUUGGAUCUGAAUAUGUGGAAGAACCAGAUAUUUUACAAACCUCAUGAAUACGGGCAAUAUAUAGGUCCUGGGCAGAAGAUAUAUACAGUGGAGGAUUCGGAAAGCUUGAAAGAUUUGAACCGGACAAAGUUAUCUUGGGAGUGGCGCUCCAAUAACACGAAUCCUCAGACUAACAGAACAUACGCAGAGGGCGACAUGUUCCUACACAGCAGAUUCACUGGCACCAGCCUCGAUGUCAAAUGCCUGGCCUUCAUCCCGAGCUUGAUCGCUUUCGUCUGGUUUGGAUUUUUCAUCUGGUUCUUUGGGCGAUUUUUGAAAAGUGAGCGAGGCAUGGAGAAUCAGGAUAAAUCCUACACGCGCAUGAAAAGAAAGUCCCCUUCGGAGCACAGCAGGGUCAUGGAAAUCACCCGGGAAAACACGCAGGCUUCCGUAGAAGAUCCGUUGACUGACCCACCCCUGGUCUGCAUCAAGUCUGAUUUUAAUGAAAUCGUCUACAAGUCUUCUCGCUUGACGUCGGAAAACUUGAGCUCACACUUGAGUGAGCCAAGCAACACAACCGAAGCUGACCCCGAGCCUUCUGCCCCCAAGUCUACACCUGAAAACUAGGACCAGGUGCCCCCGGGAAGCCCAGAGAUGUGAAUGAGAGUUGAACCUGGAAGAUUCAGUCUUUCCUCUUAGGUUUGCAUAGAGUUAGGUCAAGAAAAACAACCUCUACCCCGAAGGUGCUCAACACGCUUUUUCUAGGACUCAUUAUUUUCUAUCCGUAUUCGAAUCCAUGUGCCUAUUGUAUAUCUCACAGUCCUCUAAAGAUUGCUUCUCACAAUUGCACAGGCUUCUGAUUGAUAUAGUGACUUUACAGCAUAGAAUUUUAGGUGACUACUUGCAGGUAUACAGUGUUUUACCAUAGUGGUGCCUUGAGACAUUAAACUGUUUCUAACUGAACCUGAAAUGAAGUAUAGAACAGUUCUCUAACCUAUUUUGCAGGGUUUUUUUUGUAUAAAUUAUUUUGAUGAACAUUUGAUGUCUUAAUAGGAGAUAGAUAUAAAGCAUACCGGAUGAUGGAUUUUGACAGUAAGAUGUCACUCCUAAAGGACGAGUCUGUUAUCUAUCCAGCAUCAGAGUCAGCAUGUAUGACCGUAGGGCCACAGCCUGUUGAUUAACUUUUCGUUGCCGCUGGCGGUCUGCCCAACCCAAAUUCAGAGGCAUAUACCAGUAACAAUAGAACGGUGAUACGACGCGGGUCACUAUUUACGAAAGCGUGACUCCUUUGGUGACUGCAAUUAGGUGAUAAUGUCUAAUUAUAUUUUCUGUAAUCAAAAUUAAUUGCUACUUGUUGAAAGCCCUCAUCUUUCACCGUUAGGAACAAAGGUCAAAAUGCAGAGUUGGGUAAAUAGUCAGAAUUAUCACCAUAACACAAAGCUCAACAACACCAAAGAAAGAAUGGUUCGAUUUGUGACGGGUUCAAAAUCCCCGGCCUGCAGUAUUUGUACAGCUUUGUAUGAAUAUUUCUUACGAUGUUUCAAACUGGAAAAUGUACACCACUGAAAUAGUGAAUUCCUCCCAAAAAUGAAUCGGUAGAAGCUAUGAGGUGGAGAGAGCGGGAAACGCAUGAAAGAGAAUGUGUAGUGACUUUGUCCUGUGUCUCUUUUUCAAGGAUGAAAUAUAUAGCACAUUAAUAAAUAAUAAUACCCAUCAAA